AUGCGGGCUGCCACCUCGUCUGGCGUCGCAUACGAGCAAUCAAUUGAUACUAAGUUCUCCUUAUCAACUCUCCGCUCACAAGACACCAUCACCAUCACCGCAUCCGAACCCCCCCUUGCUUCUCACCCGAUAGAUACCUCAUCUUCAACGCCUGCUGUGCAUACAACCGACUAUCUCCAGCCGCCGCUGCCGUCGAUACAUGUGCAUCGCCCAGCGAGACGGAAUACAACUGGCUCGCCAUUACAGACAUUGCCUUCACGGUUAAGCCCUGUACCCAGUCCGCAUAUAUCGCUAUACCCUCAGUAUGGAUCGCAUCUGCAUGGUGUUUACGAUCACGUUGAGGUUGAUGACGUCGCCAGCGAUAUUCAACUCCACGCAGAGAAGAUACGGCGUGAGCGCAUGGAGAAGCGGGCUAUGCAGCAACAGGCGGAAGCUACCUUGACGCGGGCGGAAACCAGAAAAGGCGAGGAUGUUCCGCUAGUUGGGAAUCUGAUUGGCGAGGACCAUGUUAACUAUGUCCUGAUGUAUAACAUGUUGACGGGCAUUCGCAUUGGGGUCUCACGUUGUCAGGCCAAAAUCAAGCGACCACUGACUGACGACGAUUUCACCGCCCGACAUAAAUUCUCGUUCGACAUUGUCGGUAACGAGCUCACGCCAUCGGCAAAAUACGACUUCAAAUUUAAAGACUAUGCUCCUUGGGUUUUUCGUUCAUUACGUGAAGAGUAUUUCCAUCUCGAUCCCGCCGACUACCUUCUUUCUCUCACUUCGAAAUAUAUUCUGUCGGAACUAGGCUCUCCCGGGAAGUCAGGCUCUUUUUUCUAUUUUUCUCGCGACUACCGGUUCAUAAUCAAGACGAUACGGCAUAGCGAGCACAAAUUUUUGCUCAGAGUUCUGAAGCAGUAUUACAAUCAUGUGAAGGAGAACCCGCAUACACUGUUGAGUCGGUUUUAUGGGCUGCAUCGAGUGAAACUGCCGAGGGGGCGGAAGAUUCACUUCGUGAUCAUGAACAACUUGUUCCCGCCACACAAGGAUAUACAUGAGACGUAUGACUUGAAAGGGAGCACAGUGGGGAGAGAGUAUCCCGAGGAGUUGAAGAAGCAUAAGAACAAUCCGGUGUUGAAGGAUAUGAAUUGGAUCAACAAGGGCCUCAAGUUGGAGUUUGGUCCUGAGAAGCGCGCUCUAUUGACGGAACAGCUGAGGAGAGACAAAGAGAUGCUGAAGGCCAUCGAUGUGAUGGACUACAGUUUGUUGGUUGGGAUACACAACAUGCGGAGAGGGAACCGGGACAAUGUUCGUAAGAACACACUAAAAGUUUUCGACCCCGACAUCCCUCACACUCAUCGUCGUAGACCCACUUUGAGCGGUGGUUCGGUAAACCACCAGCAUAAAGCAAAAGGGGGCACGUUCUCACCGGAAGCUAUCGCUGUGCGACGGGCUAUGCGCGAGUCUGACCCCAAACGUCUUGGCAAAGGCACAAUACGUCUACCCGAGGAAGACACGGGCGAGCGGCAGCAUUUCAUCUUUUACCAAGACGAAGGCGGCUUACGUGCGACGGACGAGACCAACGAGAAUAUGGGUACUAUAUACUACCUCGGCGUCAUCGAUAUCCUCACACCGUAUGGCGUUGUCAAGAAGCUGGAGCAUUUUUGGAAGGGCCUGAGUGCGGACCGACAUAAGAUCAGUCCCGUGCCCCCACCGGAAUAUGCGGAGCGGUUCUUUACAUUUAUGAAGGCCAUCAUUCGGGGUGGGGACGGGGGCGAAUUGUUUAAGCCUUAA